AUGGCGGCGGCGGCGGCGUCCGCAGGGGCUGGCGGGGUUCUGUGAGGGGAGCGGGGCGGCGGGGUCCGAUGCCGCGGGCAGCCGCGCCGCGGAGGCGGGGGGCAGCGGCUGCCGCGGGGGCUCGCCGGAGACGCUGAGAACCUCGAGCCCCUCGUUCGGCGCCGAGCCUCGGGCCGGGAGCGGAGGGCAUGCAGCAGCGCGGGGGGCUCGGCGGGGGUGCCGGGCGGCGGGGGGGCGGCCCGCUGCCCCUCGGACCCCGGCGGCCGCUCGGGCUCGUCCUCCUGCUGUCGCUUCUCUUGGGGAGCGGCGGGGCGGCUCCGCUUCCGCGAGCAGGUGCAGAAGAAGGAGCUACAGCUGAAGUUUCCUCAUCUUUUGUGAUUCUGUCUAUAUGUACUCUAGUAGUACUGGUAAUACUGCUUGCAAACUGUGUUUCCUGCUGUAAAGACCCUGAGAUAGAUUUCAAGGAAUUUGAAGAUAACUUUGAUGAUGAAAUAGAUUUUACACCUCCAGCAGAAGAUACUCCAUCUGUUCAGUCUCCAGCAGAAGUGUUUACUCUUUCAGUUCCCAAUAUUGCUUUACCAACUCCCUCCCAGUUUCCAUCUCGUACAGAUGGAUCAAAGUCUCAAGUUGCACGUCAGAGUCUAAACUACAUCCAGGAAAUUGGAAAUGGCUGGUUUGGAAAGGUUCUACUUGGAGAGAUCUACAGAGGCAGUAGUGUAGCAAGGGUAAUAGUGAAGGAGUUGAAGGCAAGUGCAGGUCCCAAGGAGCAAGAACAGUUUUUAAGAAAUGGAGAACCAUAUUACAUUCUUCAGCAUCCAAAUGUUCUCCAGUGUAUUGGGCAAUGUGUGGAAGCCAUUCCUUAUCUCCUAGUUUUUGAGUUCUGUGACUUGGGUGACCUAAAAACGUAUAUCUGCAAUGAGCAGGAACAUAUUAAAGGAGAUUCACAAAUAAUGCUGCUACAGAGAAUGGCGUGCGAGAUUGCUGCUGGACUUGCUGUAAUGCAUAAACAUAAUUUUGUGCAUAGUGACUUGGCCUUACGGAACUGCUUUCUUACAUCUGAUUUAAAUGUCAAAGUAGGAGAUUAUGGUAUAGGAUUCAGUAGGUAUAAGGAAGAUUAUAUUGAGACAGAUGAGAAGAAGCUUGUUCCUCUCCGAUGGACUGCACCUGAGUUAGUAACAAGUUUUCAAGACAGACUGUUAUCAGCAGAGCAAAAUAAAUACAGUAACAUAUGGUCCUUGGGUGUAACGUUAUGGGAGCUGUUUGAGAAUGCUGCUCAGCCUUACUCAGACUUUUCUGACAGGGAAGUCCUAACUCAUGUCAUAAAGGAGAAGCAGGUUAAACUCUUCAAGCCACGUCUGGAGCAGCCAUACUCUGAUAGAUGGUAUGAAGUUCUGCAGUUCUGUUGGCUACCUCCAGAAAAGAGACCAACAGCAGAAGAAGUACAUAGACUUUUAACUUACCUUCGCAUGCAAAGCCAAAGGGACUCGGAGAUUGAUUUUGAACAGCAGUGGAAUGCUCUUAAACCAAACACCUCAAAUAGAGAAACAAAUAGUUCUGCAUUUCCAAUCUUAGAUCACUUCACAGGAGAUAGACUUGGCCAUGAGAUGGAGGAAGUUCUUACUGUAACCGAAACAAGCCAGGGUCUCAGCUUUGAAUAUAUCUGGGAGGCAGCUAAACAUGAUCAUUUUGAUGAAUGUGGUCAUGUGAAUCCUGAUGAAGCAAUGACAUACACAAGUAUUUUCUUUCCAGUGGAGGUUUUUGAGAGGUCACUUUCAGAGCAAGGGUCAGGAGCACAGGAUGGAAGUGGUCAAGAAGCAUCACUUGCUGUCCCUGGGGUGUUACCUGUGUUUGAUGCACACAAGCUUUCUGUUGGAAAUGACUACUAUAUCCAAUUAGAGGAAAAAGGAAGUGGCUGCAGCAUGAAUUUUGAUAACCAAUCAGUUGUACUAACUACAGAAGUUGAUCAUCAAGAAGCUGUACAAGAAAAAAAUUCUCAUUUCAUGGUUCUCAGGGAUCUUGAUAUUGAAGAAUCUAGCACUGACGGGGACUUCUUCCACUACAAUACAGAUCCUAAAGAGGAAUUUUUGCCUGCUGCUAGUAGUCCAGAAAGUCCUUUCCAGAAUAUAUUUAAUGACAUUGACAGAUCAGAAGAACUGACAAACAGAAAAAUACUUGGUUUUGCUGAAACAAAUGAUAUUCCUAAGGACUUUAAACCAGCUGUUUUAAACUCAAACACAGAUGCUAGAAAGGCAGUAGGCCUUUCUGCGAAGGAGCAUUCUAGUCAUGCUUCUGAAAAUGAAACUGUUUCCUUAUGUGAAAAUAUCUCUAACCAGUCUGACUUGGUAACUUUAGAAGAACUUUCUGAUAACUUCUUAUUUCUUCAAGAGAAAAACUUAUUAACAGGGUUGUUGUCUAACAAAACCAGCAGUGAUUUUGGGCAAAAACCGGAAGAUGUUCUAAAAGGUAUAUUAGAAACCUCAAAUAGAAACUCUGUAGAGCCUGAGCCUGUGCUGGCUGAAAAUGCACAGGUCUUUUCUUUAAUACGUCAAAGUCUUAGAACAGUGAAAGAUGAAAAUUUUAACCCAGUGACAAUGAAUAAAGAUCCAAGUUCUCAGUCUGAGGCUACUGUAGAGAUGCAGGCAUCUUCUAGUCCACUUACAGCACAUAAGUCAUGUGAUAAACAUGCAAAUCCUCCUUAUUUGAAGGAUGAGGAAAAACUUUCAAAUGUGGACGUCAACGAAGUUGUGCCCUGUAACAUUGAUAUUCUCUGUCAAGGAAAGCUAUCCAAUAAUGCCAAAAAUAAUAAUGUUGGAAACAAUCCUUGUUACGGUGUUGCUGUUGAAACAGAUGGGUGUGAUGCACAAACAAAACAGGGAAUGCUUUUCAAGUCUGAUGAAAUAGCUUUUAAUAGAGAAAAAUGUAGUGAUCAGGAAGAUAUGAAAAUAAACUUGCAAGAGAAGUCUCCUAUAUUAAAAAAAGAUGAAUGUGUACUGGAGGAAAGACAAGAAACAUCAAAUCAUUUUGAGAACUGUAAGGAUGUUCCAGAAGAGGUGACCUUCAUUUCUGUUGCUACUUCAGAUUGCACAAGUCAGGAUAGUCUUUUGGAAGACAGCCCAUCUCCUAUACAAACUGUAGAACAAGCCUUAGAGACACCUGAUUCUUUAGAUUCUUUAGAUGUAAAUGAGGUUUUAGAAUCUUUACAGGCUCAAAGUCCUCAGAAACUUUUGCCACCUGAUAAACCUGCUGACAGUGGCUAUGAAACGGAGAACCUGGAAUCUCCAGAAUGGACUUCCCAUAUCACUGUUGAGGAUGCUUCUAGUGUAGAUACUGCUCUCUGUGUUGUCAGUGAGAGCAAUGUCAGUGCUUUACCUUCUAAUCCAGUCAUAAUUGUUUCAGAAGCAGCAGCUUGUUUAGAUGCAGUGAACAGCAAUUUUGAAAUAACCCCAAAGGUUUUUCUGGGUGGAAAUCAGAACUCGUAUAGAGACUCUGCCUAUUUCUCUGAUAAUGAUUCUGAGCCAGAUAAAAAAACAGAAGAGACUGUAAAUCUGUCAAGAGAGACUAUGUGUGUUGUUUCUUCAGAUAGAGGAGAGAAUAAUACUGAAGAGGAUUACAGUUUUGAAGAGAGACAGCAAAAGUGUGAUGUAAGGAAUUACCAGGAUACCAAUAAUCAAAAUGCAAAACUAGAAAUAAAUCACGACUUAGAGAUCCAAGAGAUGGAUGUAAGGAUGCAGGGGUGUCCUGAUGAGUGGGCUGAGGCAACUCUGAAUUCCCUGGAAAUAUCGAUGGAAAGUAACCUAAGGGAUGAAAUAAAACUAUGUGAGACUUCCCAUAAAACCGUCUCUUGUGUUGGCACUAAUACUUCAGAACUUCUUUCACACAGGGACUUAAAGUCUGUGCAUAACAUACACAGUGCUUUAGAUUUGAGUAACAGUGAGAAGUCCUUCUAUCACAUUGAAGGACAAAAACUGAAAGAGCCAGAUAUUGAAGGAAAAUACCUCGGCAAACUCGAUGUUUCUGGAAUGCUUGAUUUAGAAGAUGGUGAUGAUGCGGAUGAGGAGGAUGAAAACAGUGAUUCUGAGGAUGACAUGAGGACUUUUCAUAUGCAUAGUCUGAGUUCUGACAGUGAAGAUGAAACUGUUCAUCAAGUACCUGAGAUACUUACUGACAAGGAUGAGGGAAAACAUCUGAGAAGCUUGUUGAAACUUCCAAAACCUCUUAAUGAAAGGCAACAUGAGAAUUGGAAAAAUGACAAAAAGGCUGUAACGUUCUUUGAUGAUGUGACGGUCUAUUUGUUUGAUCAGGAAAUGCCAACUAAGGAGCUGGGAAACCGUGCAGCAGACUUGAAUGGGGAAGGGUCUCGCAGCACUCCUGUUCCAUCUUCGAGUUUUAGUUACUUAAACAGAUUUGCAAAUUCAGAAAGCUCAACAGAUGAAGAAGGUGGGGGUUUUGAAUGGGAUGAUGACUUCUCUUCUCCAGAGCCAUCCUUUAUAUCAAAGGCAGCUAAUAGUCUUAUUAGUUCUAAACCACCUCUUCAGUCAUCAAAGUACUUCUCUCCACCUCCACCUUCUCGGACUCUCGAUCAAAACUGGUCACAUUCAUCCCCUUAUUCCAGAUUCUCUAUCUCUCCUGCAAACAUGGCAAGCUUUUCUCUUACACAUCUUACAGAUUCAGAUAUAGAGCAAGGAGGAAGCAGUGAAGAUGGAGAAAAAGAUUAAAUGAAUUAAAACUUCCUUGGACUACAUACAUAAAACACACAGACUUUGUGUCUGAAACUUCUUUAUCUAAACUCUGGAUCCUCCUGGAGUAACACAGGUAAUCAAGAAGUACUAAGAAAUGAAAGUAAACACUGAAAGCAAUGUUAAAUCAGGACAUUAAUUUGAAUGUGUAUUUAACUUUGUAAUGUAUUUUUAAAUCAGUGCAAUUUUGCUUUUCAUUGAAAGAUGAUUCUGCCGCUGUUUUCAAGUACUUGAAGUAUUUUUCAGAUAAAUUAAGAAACACGUAAAGCAAUUACACUACAGUCUGGUUUAUGUAUGAGAUUGUAUAAUAUUCUUUUUAUAUUUUUCCAUGUAGUUCAUUAUCUAUUUGAACAUACGCCUGUUGUAGAAUUGUGUAUAACUGUCCUGUGCAACAACAGGUGGCUGUGUUGCUGAAACUGUAUGAAUGAUAGUUGAUCAGUAGUGAGCCAUAUUUAUUCAAAAAGAUAUCACUACAUAUUACUUUGCUUAUUACAAUUGCACUAUGGAUUAUUCUUCCUUUAUUUCCUGAUGAUGUACAGAAUCAAAAUCUUAAAUCUUUCAAGGAAAAUAAGACAAGUUGAAUUGGCCCAGUUAUCCAGUUUAAUUUGUCUUUUUUGUAGCCUUUGCUAUGCACGGUACUUGUAAAACAUACAUAACUUCUGAGUGUUAUGUUAGACUUGCUGAAAUCUUAUAUUCAGUACCAUUUCUAAAUGAUAAUGAUUAUAGAUUGAUUGUUAGUGUUCAUGUUUUAUAGGAAACUGGAAAAGAAUAUAUGAUAUGCUCUGGAAUUUUUAGAUGAAAAGAGAUAAUGUCUCUUAAUUCCUGAAUAUGAUCCUACUGACUGCUCUAAACUGUAAUAGCAUCUGACUAUAUCAUAAUUAAGGGCCUUCCAGUUUUUACUACAAUUUCUGCCUCGGAGAGAGAAGAGGAAAAAUUGGCUGUACAAAACCGUGGAAUUUAUGAAUCUUCUAAAAAGACUAAUUUCAAUAGACUGGAUUUGGGCACACUUGGCCCUUCAGUUGUACAUUCUGUAAAUUUUGAAGCUCACUCUUCUGCUGACUGCAGACUGGGGCUGCUGUUCAGAGGCCUGUGGUAAAUCUACCUCUCAGUGAUGUUAUGACAAUUAAGAAUUAGAUUAAUGGUUAAUACCCAAUUUUGCACCCUUUAUAAGGCCAGACCUAUUUUAAGAUGUCUGCAAGGCUCCAUGGUACAUCUUGAAAUGCAUACUGACCAAAAGAUGCAGUAUAGUAAAGUUUGCUCUGAAGCUGUCUGUAGGGAAGGGAAUGUAAUGUGGUUGGUUUUUGGUUUUUGUUUUUUGUUUUUUGUUUUUUUAACCUUCAUACUCUGCCAUGUAUUUAGCUAGUUUAAUCCUUUAAACUGCUUGGGAAAAAAAAAUCCUUAAUUAUUACUCCAAAGUGAGUUCAGUUGAGAAACAAAUCCCUGACCUCUUGGAAUGCCUUAUGCAGCUGCGGAUCUAUAGGAAAAACUGAUAGGAACAGUUUAUCUGGCUUUAUAUUUUAGUGUCCUAAAAUACAAAUGUACUACUAAGUACUUUGUAUUUUAGUGAAUAUUUUGGCAGGGCUUCAGUAUAAUGGUGGUCCAAGUGUUCAGAUCCAGUCACCAGAGAGUUUUCAUCACAUGAAGUAUGGGAGGACUAGAUAUUUUCAGAUGUGUAAAGUUUGUUUUUGUAUACCUCUAUAUCUGCAUUUUGAUUUUUUAAGUAUGUUUAAAAUGACAGGAAUACAUUAACUGCUUUUUUUUCCCCAGCAUUACUUAGCCCUUAACCAUAAUGGUUUCCAUACUGAUCAAAAGGGAAUGAUUUAGUUAUAAUGUUAUUUAAAAUUGCCAAUUGUUGAGAUGACUUUUCAUGAUGAGGCACUCAGGUUCAGAGUUAAUCAGAACUGUUCUUCUGUAGGAAGUGAGGAACUGAAUUUUUCAUGGACUUUUCCCAAAACAUCAUUUAAGAGGCAAAGCCAAGUAGUUCUUAAUACAGGCUUACAGUAUAUACUGUAGAGGGUUUAAGGAAGAUGUGUGCUGCUCUCAGUAUUUUAAAAUAUAGGUAAUAGACUUUGUGCAUAAAUUAUUGCUUAGAAAUUCCGUAAUUCUAACAUUAAACUCCUUGAUAUCGCUACAUUGAGGUGUCUCAUCUGUCUGCUAUAAUUCUCACCAGAGUAAGAAUGAAACUCCGUAAUGGUCUGCAAAGAAUGUGUGGGCUUAUCUGCCUUGGCAUGGUGAAAAUCUAUCAGACCCAGAGUUCAGCCUUAAUUUUGAAUCAUUUGAUUUAAAAUAUAGUCCAAGGUUAAGUAAAAGCUUAUACUCCAGAAUGUUACAGUUCGGUUGUGCAUUUUGUUUCUUAUAAUUCUGGAAAAUCAGAUGUUUAUCUUGCACGUCAGGAAUUUCCUUUGCUUGGUGGAAGUAAAAGAUUUUUAUUCUCUACCAGGGUUUAAAGAAAAUCUUACAUAGGAAGUGAAAGUUUACUCCUUUGUCUAAAUGGACUCAUUGCUAAUGAAUUGCCAAAGGAGCAUUUUUUCCAAAACGAGCUGGGAUGUGUAUGAUAUUAAGCAAGGUAGUGUCCUUUUUAGCUGUACAAUGAAGAGAAAUAAAUAUUUAAAGUUGAUUCACCUCACUUAAACGUGAAUUUUAAUUUCAGUAAUCCAGUAGACUGGAUUACAAUAAUAUAAAUGGUCUUUUUUGGAAAAAUUUAUAGUUAAAAAUCUGAUUAAUUACUCACAAUAUUUAAAUAUCUGCCUAGCAGUCAGUGGCACAAUGAAGAUGAAUCAGUUAAUUCCAACAUGUUACAUUAUAAUAAGGGGAUUUGUUACAAAUCAUUGGUUAAACUAUAUGUAAUUUCUUGCACUAGCUACUUAAGUAUGGUUUCCGUUUUAGAAGUACAUGUAUCUAUUUUCAAUGGUUUAUUAUGAGGACUGGUUAUGUUUUAAUUCCUUCUCUAGUAGAAUACCUUGAUUAUUUGAAUAAUGAAGGCGUUGUCUCAAUUUGGCUACUAAAGUUAUUUGAAAGAUCUGAUUUUUCCCACCUAAGGAAGUUUGUUUAAAAAUGAGGAUCUGUAGUGAGAAGCCAACAGAGCGAGAAGAGUAUCCAGUUUUAAUGGGAACACCUGUACUCUCCCAAAUCCCCAAGCUGCAGAUAUGUUGUGUAUAACUGCAUUUAUGGAAACUGCCAUUUUCAUGGAAAUGAGCAGAUUAAACAUUUUUUUUCAUAUCCUUAUUGAUGCACUAAUGAAAGCCAUUUAAGCCUCAUUCUUUUUAUCAGUAUUUUUAGCAGAUUUUUAUGUAGUACUCGAUCUUUUUCAUGAGGAGGCUGGUUGGUAGAAAGACUUUUUUUUAAUGAUUAAGCACUAUGCUAAAAUGUCAGCAUUGUCAGGUGUUAGUGACAUGGCUAUUUUUGUUGGAGUUGGUGAAAGGUGGAAUCCAAGUAUAUUAGCCUUAUAAGAAAUAGCCUUAAAUAAGAAUGGAGUGUACAAAAUUACUUCAGCUUUAAGUCAUACAGAAGUAUCCUCGUCUGUUAGUGGUUUUGGUACAAGACUGGAAAAAAUCUAGAGGAGAGUCAAAACAUCAUAUAAACUUAUUGAAAAUAAGUAUUUGUAAUACCAGCAGCCUGUUUUUCAGAAACUUGAAUAUGACUUACAGUUAGUUUUGUUUAUGAAAUUGUUUGAACUUGCACAGAUGUAGGUGUAACUUAAAUGAUAAAUGGUACUGAUGUGUGUGUAUAUAUUAUGUUUAAUUCUAUUUGUAAAUGAGAAACUAUGUAACAAAAUCAUAGGUAUGAGGUUUUCCUAUUGUAAUUUAAUACAGGUAUGAGGUUUAUGGCAAUAUAUCAUAGCUAAUGAAAUUUCAGGUCAAAAUGUCUUUAAAUUGUGUACAUUUUUAAAUUGUAAUUUCUACUGUAUAUUGAUUAUCAUGCAUAGUGUGAUUCAAGAAACUGCUUGUAAUUUAAAAAUAUUUAAUAUUAAAAAUAAAAUACAGUUAUAUAUUUAUAA